AGAAACGCCGUGAAAAUGGUCAGAUCCGCCUCUCCGGCUGCAAUGCGCGCUCCCGACACAAGGGGGCAGAUUUUCACAGGGGAACAGAAUUUCGCACAAGACCGGUCCAGUCCACUAACCUGUUUUAACGACUCGCAGUCAGUUUUCCUGGAGGUUCUGCUCCUCAAGUCCGGUCCAGUUUCCAGGGAACAGCACUGCGCCUGCGCAACCCUCUUCAGAGGAAGAAGAAGAAGAAGAAGUCUGACGCAACAUCUGCUGACGUCACAUCCUACGAAGAUGAUGGCGGUGUCCACAGCGAGGUUGUUGAGCGGAGCAUCGAGAAAAUGCUGCAGGGCGCCGUCGCCACGCUGCAGCCAGAGCCGCAGCCUGAGCAGCGGUGAGUCCCUGCAGGAGGUAAAUGAUGAUGACAUCAGAUCUGUCAGCCAAUCAGCUUCCUCUGCCUCUGCAGGUCUCCGCCCACUGCCCCGACCCCGGCCGUUUACCCUGCUCAUCGUUACGGGAGGCUGUUACCUUGGUUACCAUCAGUACAAAAGGCGAGGCCAACUGGAUGAAGAGGCUGCACCCCAUUUAGCCACGCCUACUCAGGUGGCCCUUUACCGGACCUUCCCGACCCGCUUCAUGUCCCGGGCCUGGGGCCGGCUCAAUGGACUGGACCUACCUACCUGGCUCCGCAAACCCAUCUACUCCCUCUACAUCUGGACAUUCGGGGUCAACAUGCAGGAGGCAGCAGUGGAGGACCUGCAUCACUAUAAGAACCUGGGCGAGUUCUUCCGCCGCCGCCUCAAACCCGCGGUCCGACCCGUCUGUGCCGCUUCAUGCCUGACAUCACCGGCUGAUGGCAGGAUCCUCCAUUUUGGGCAGGUCCAGAACUCGCAAGUGGAGCAGGUGAAGGGCGUGACCUACAGCCUGGAGAACUUCCUGGGACCGCCCAGCAGGCCGAGCCCAGACCCGGCGUCCUUCCAGGACCGGCUGCUGUCGUCUCCGGACCGCGCCCUGUUCCACGUGGUCGUUUACCUGGCGCCGGGCGACUACCACUGCUUUCACUCGCCGGCCGACUGGAGGGUGGAGCUGCGUCGCCACUUCCCGGGCUCGCUGAUGUCGGUGAACCCGGGCGUGGCGCGUUGGGUCAAGGAGCUGUUCUGCCUCAACGAGCGCGUGGUGCUGAGCGGCCAAUGGCGGCACGGCUUCUUCUCCCUCACGGCGGUGGGCGCCACCAACGUGGGCUCCAUCAGGGUCUACUUCGACCAGGAGCUGCGGACCAACGCUCCUCGCUACAGCAAAGGUUCGUUCCAGGACCGCAGCUACGUUGCCACGAGCGACCAGGUGAAGGCCAGCGAAGGGGGUGUGGCCUUGUGUAAAGGCGAGCCUGUGGGCGAGUUCAACCUGGGCUCCACCAUCGUCCUGCUGUUUGAGGCGCCGGCAGAUUUCACCUUUGACCUGCAGCCAGGACAGCGAAUCAGGAUGGGGGAACCCCUCGGCAGCCUCUGAUUGGCCAGAGGCCGUAGCGUAUUUUUAUUGGCUGGGGACUCUGAGGGCAGAGCUUUAUGCAGGACGGACAGAAGACACGGACUCAAACUCCCAGAGUGCUUUGUGCCUAAGCUCUGUCUGCUCCACACUGCUGCCUGUGGCCAAAGGUUGAACUUCUGAUUGGUAGAAAGCACUGUGACAUCAUCAGUGAGGUCCUGAUUGGCUGAGAGCCAUAAACUGUCAGUUUGUUUAUUUUUGUAAAUUAUGUGUAAAGAAUAAAUUUAUACUUUGAGCA